UUUAGUUAGUUAAAAAUUGCCUUGCCAAACGGUUGAACUAUGUGCAGCCGCCGAGGAUUAACUUUGCUGGGCGUGCUGCUAGCGUUGAUAGCUGUAAUCGCUGGCCAAACCAAGACAGUGCCCUGUAAGCUGAAAGAUGCAAAAUAUGGCAAAGUAUGCGUUUGCACUGCGGACUACUGCGACUAUUUGGAAAAUCCAACGGUGUCGAAGGAUAAUGAAUUCGCUUUGAUUUCCAGCACUAAGCAGGGACUACGCUUUGCCGUAAGCAGCGGGCAAUUUGGCAAUAAGGACAAGUACACCAUCAAGGACUUUGAGGCAGCUGCUAGUCAGACUGAAGCUGCCAACGAGACGAUUAUAGAACGCUUGCUGCAGCAGGCUUUCCCACAGACUGACAAGGCGCAGAGCAUAACGCGCGCUGUAACGCUGAAUGUGAAUCGCAGCCAGCAGUUCCACAAGAUUUUGGGCUUUGGCGCUAGCUUUACUGGCGCCGUCUCCUAUCUGCUGGAGAACUACAAGGAACAAGCGCUGCAGGAUCAUCUGCACAAGUCCUAUUAUGCUGCAGAGGGACUUGGCUUCAAUUUGCUGCGCACCUCCAUUGGGGGUUGUGAUUUUGAUCUGAGCGCUUGGGCCUAUAACGAGCUGCCUGAGAACGACACAAAGCUCACUGCUAUGGACAAGCUAGACGCACGCGAUGUAAUACGCGUGGCGCAAAUGAAGCAUCUAAUUGAAGUGUCUGGUGUGAAGCAACUGAAAAUCAAGGGCGCCGCUUGGAGCUCACCGAAAUGGAUGAAAACCAACAAUCGCUGGACGGGCUUUGGCCGCCUGAAGCGCGACUACUAUCAAACCUGGGCUGACUAUCAUCUGAAGUGGGUGGACCUAAUGGAGCAGAACGGUCUGCCCAUUUGGGCUAUAUCCACUGGCAAUGAGCCGAUGAAUGGCAUACUAUUUAUGUUCUUUGUGCGUUUUAUGAGCUUGGGCUGGACGCCCUGGCGCCAGGCUGUUUGGUUAAACGACAAUCUAGGACCAACUAUACGUAAUUCUAAAUAUAAGGACCUUGUCAUAUUUGGCAACGAUGAUCAGCGUUAUACAAGUCCAUAUUGGUUCAAAAUAAUGAAGUACGCGCGCCCCAAUGUGCUGGAUUAUCUUGACGGUGUGGCUCUGCACUGGUAUUGGGAUGAAAUAUUUGGUAACAGCUUUGUCGAUAAGACCAACGAUUAUAUGGCCGAUAAGCUGCUUAUUAUAUCUGAGUCAUGCAUUGGCGACAAGCCCUGGCAGCAGGCAAAGCCCAUGAUGGGCAGCUGGGAGCGGGCAGAGAAAAUGGCACGCUCAUUUCUGGCGCACUUUAAUCGAGGUUUCCAUGGCUGGAUCGAUUGGAAUAUGAUUUUAGACGAGCUUGGUGGACCCAACUAUGUGGACAACACUGUAGAUGCGCCAGUCAUAGCUAAUACAACAACCUAUACGGAGUUCUAUAAGCAGCCCAUGUUCUAUAUUAUGGGACACUUCUCCAAGCUGGUGCCCGAAGGCUCUGUGCGCAUUGAAGCUGUGGCCAGCAACAUCAAUUUGGAUAGCAUUGCCUUUGAGCGACCGGAUAAACAAAUUGUGCUGGUGCUCUUCAAUAGCGGACGCGCCGACUUGGAUAUAAAUAUCAACGAUACAAAGCGUGGAAAAGUGACAGUCAAUGUGCCCGCCAAGUCGAUUCACACAAUGCUCUAUAAAUGAGCAAUGUAGUUUGUUUGUAUUUAUAAUAAAGAAAUUGCUGCG